ACCCUUGGAUCGAAAUCGUGAUUUUUUUUUUUUUUUAGGGAUCUGUUCCAAUACCUAAUCGUGUGUUGAAUUUCGACAAUGGUGUCAAUUGAGAGCGAUAGUGCGAGAAAUCGGAAGGUGCUGCUGGGAAUCGGAUUUUGGGUGCAGGGAUUGAGGUGUUUUCCAUGGAUGGGUGUGAAUUUCUUCCUGAAAGAUGGGUUGAGAGUGGAACCUUCUACGCUUCAGAUCCUUCUGAACUCGGCCAAUUUGCCUAUGGUUGCCAAACCCUUUUACGGCAUUAUCUCCGAUUCCUUCUACAUCUUUGGCCAGCAUCGCGUUCCUUACAUAGCCAUUGGAGCAUUUUUGCAAGCAAUUUCCUGGAUGGCUAUUGCAAUCUUUGCUACAUCCGGCAUGUCAAUUACCUCAAUCACGUUCUAUCUCCUCCUCGGAAAUCUCGGCGCUUCUAUAGUUGAAGUCGCGAAUGACGCAAUGGUAGCAGAAACCGCAAAACAACCUAAUUCAUCCGGCGAGCUUCAGUCAUUCGUUUUGAUGGCCUCCUCGAUCGGGGGCGUUUUCGGUAAUCUUGUAGGGGGAAUCGCCAUAAACCAAUACUCCCCUCGAAUGAUGUUCUUCGUCUACGCCAUUCUUCUCUCUCUUCAACUCCUCACAACACUCUCAAUCCGCGAGAGCUCUUUAAACCUUCCGAAAACGCCCUCCAACAUAGGUUUAAAGAAGCAAAUAUCGGAACUAGUAUGCGCACUAAAAAAACCCGAGAUUAUUUAUUCCAUACUAUGGUUCGCUUUUUCCUAUGCCGUAAUCCCAACGCUAACCGGUACAAUGUUUUUCUACCAAACCCAACAUUUAAAAAUUGAAUCUUCACUCCUUGGAAUUUCAAAAGUCUUUGGUCAAGGAGCUAUGCUAGUGUGGGCCAUGGUCUACGAACGGUACCUAAAGUCGAUCUCUUCGAGGAAAUUAAUCGCGGCCGUUCAAAUUGCAAUGGUGGUUUUCAUGGUGUCGGAUUUUCUAUUUGUGAACGGGGUUUACAAGAGUAUUGGGAUUUCGGAUUCUUUCUACGUGGUGGUUAUUUCGGGUUUGCUCGAGGUUCUUUAUUUCUUUAAAGUUUUGCCCUUCAGUGUUUUGAUGGCGAAGCAUUGUCCAAGGGGGUGCGAGGGUUCGGUUAUGGCUUUUGUUAUGUCGGCUAUUGCACUUGCUAUGAUUGUCAGUGGGUACUUUGGUGUUGCACUCGCGGCUUAUUUGGGGGUGAACGGGGACGAUUUUUCGGGUUUGUCGAGUGCUUUGUUAGUGCAGUCGGUCUGUACUCUGAUUCCCCUUUUUUGGGUGAAAUGUGUCGCGGAAGAUGUGAAAUCGGAGAAGAAGUCGAAGGAGAAUUGAGUGCUGCCGUUUUCUCUUGCAUUUAUAUUAUUUUUUGCUGUAAAAUAGAUGAUUUAUGGGAUAUUUGUGGUGUUAGUAUGUAUUCAUAAUAUAUAAUUCAUUACAAUAUAUUUAUUAUGUUUAGGGAGAAAAUUUUGUAUCGAAGUUUGUUGAUGUAAUUGUUAACUGAAAACAGAGGGAUUUACAUAUAUGUAUAGGAUAAUUUUCCUUAAUUAAAAAAA